GUUUUUAAAAAUGGAAUUAAUUAUUCUUAAAACUUAAUCAUGUGCUAAGAUGAUAGAAGAUAAAUGGAUAAGGGCUGCACCAAUUAUUUAUAUUUUAAUAGGAACAUUUCUUAUUUCAAUAAAUUCCUUAUUGGGUAAAACAGUUGGAAUGAAUGCAAAUUAAAUUGUAUAUACUAGAGGAAUUGUAUGGUGUUUAUUGGGUUCAGUGAUUGCAAAUAGUUCGAAAGUGAAGCUCUACGGAUUUUCAAGAGAUGUUUAUAUGAAGCUUUUUUAAAGAAGCAUUAUUGGUUGUUUUGCAACACUCUUAUUUUAUACAAGCCUUAAAUAUGUGAAUAUAGCUGAAGCUUAGGUGCUUUUAUAAACAUCACCAUUUUGGACAACAUUAAUAGCUAUAUUUUAUUUAAAAACUGAGAUUUUGUCUUAUAAAUUAUUUGCUAAUUUGAUAUUGUGCUUUUUAGGAAUAAUUUUGAUCACUCAACCACCUUUUUUAUAAUAAAUUCUUGGUUAAAACAUAAGUACUAUCAAAAAUUCCGAAACACAACUUUUUGGAUGCAUUCUAUUAUUAUUUUCUGCAUUCUUCUUUUCACUUGUAUAAGUAUUGAUCAAUAAUUUAUCUAAUAAAGUAAUCAUUUUAAUUAAUUAGGUCAAUUAAUUAGUAAUACCACAAUAUUUUGGAGUAACUUCUUUAAUAAUUUCUUCAAUAGUUUGUAUCAUUGAACCUAACUUCAUUUGGAGAUAUCCUUCUUUAAUUGAAACUAUUUUAUUAUUAUCAGUUGGUUUAGUGUCUUAUCUACAAUAAAUAUUUCUUAAUCGAGCAUAUAUGAAAGGAGAUCUAACAGAAAUGUCUAUGUUAGGUUAAACAUAAAUUUUAUAUGGAUAUAUAUUUGAUAUUAUUAGUGGAGCUCAUAUUUCAUUUUUAAGUGUUCUUGGAUCCUUAUUAAUUGUUGGAGCUUUAUUGAAAGUGAUACUUGAUAAAAAAAAAUAGAGAGAAAAAUUACAAAAAGAGGGACAAAAAUGA